CAGUGAGAGGGGAGGAGCUUUAGUCCGGGGCUGUCUGCCGGUUAAGUAUUACCUGCACAGAGCCUCCGUGCGUUAGAAGUGCACUUGUUGCGCGUGUGUGUGUUGGUGGAGAGAGAAGGAGGAGAGAGAACAGAUAGUAGGUCUUUAACUUAGAGCUUUUCUCUCCCCCUUCCUCAGUGCUGGGCUACCAAAGGAGAUACAUCUGAUUUUUUUUUUCUGAAGCACAGAACUGUGCGAGGGGCAACUAGCAAUGGAUAUGGCUGGUUGUCUGCAGAGGACAGCUGUGGGGACAGCAAGAGCACUGCUGAACACCCACCUCUUAUUAUUUCUGACUUUGGGCUGGUUAUGUUCAUGUGCACGUGGGGAAUCCUUUGACUCUGCCUACCUUUACCGGCACAGACCCAGGCCCGACGCUGAGUCUAUUUUGGUGGCUAACAGUGGGGUCAGAGUUCCGUUUGGAAGAUCUAUCUUUCUGGACCCCGUCAAUGACCUGGUGACUGAAGUCCAGCCUGGGGACCGGUGCCAAAUUACUGUUCUGGACAACGACCCUCUGGCCCAGAGACCCGGAAUGCUGACCCCAAAAAAGUUCCCCUGUGCCUUUGGUGGGGAGGAGGUGAAAUACACCCACUUUGGGUCCCGGAGCCCAAACAUCGACCGGGUGAAGCUGCAGCUGAGGUACGACUCCCCGACCGACACCAUCGUCAUACCCUUCCUGCUGGAGGUGGAGGUGGUGUUCCAGCAGCUGGAGGUCCUGACCCGCAACAUGCCCUUGAUCGUGGACAAGCUGAACGGCGUCAGCAGCCCCAUUGAGAAAAAGGGUCUGGAGUUCUCCUUCGACGACAGCGCCUCCUCCUGCAGGGUCACCCCCCUGGUGGGCGCCGGGGGCCUUCCCAGGUACGGCACCCUUCUGAACUACACUGGCAGCGGGCUGACCAUGUCCUGCGAUGAUUUUCUCAAAGUGGGCGUUCGCUACAAGCACACCUCCACCACCGAGUCCCCGAACAGAGACUAUAUCCCCAUGCUGGUGGAGCUGCUGGACAAGGAAGGACACGCCGUACAGCAGGAGCACUUCCAGAUCAUGGUGAGAAUCAAAGAGGGCGUGGAGAACACCCCUCCUAAACCCAGUUUUGUGGCGAUGAUGAUGAUGGAGAUUGAUCAGUUUGUGAUGACUGCUAUUACUAGUGAUAUGCUGGCUGGUGAGGACGUUGAGUCUGACCCAGAUGAUCUGAUUUUUAACAUUACCUCACCCCUGGGAGAUCAGCAAGGUUAUAUUAUCAGCACUGAUGACCAGAACCUGCCCAUAACAUCUUUUUACCAAAGAGAUAUUAAAGAUUUGAAAAUAGCCUAUAAGCCGCCAUCUGAAGACUCUGCCACAGAGAGAAUUUUCCAGAUUGAGUUUGAGAUUGUUGACACCGAAGGUGCCGUUUCUGACUCUUUUGCGUUUAUGAUUGUGGUAAAGCCCAUGAACACGUUAGCCCCGGUGGCAACUAAAAACACCGGCCAGCUUUUAUUUGAGGGGCAGUCCAGAACACUCUCCAGUGCUCAGAAUUUAGAAAUCAGUGACGAGGACAAUCUAGAGGACGUUAAAAUCACCGUUAUUGACGGGCUGAGGCACGGGGAGCUGACAGUGUUGGGGUCGCGCAAGAAAUUCUUCACCCCGGCAGAUCUGGACGCCGGCAUUGUAGUUUACCAGCACGACGGCAGCGACACUUACAGCGACAAUAUCAUCUUCAGAAUGACAGACGGCAGCAACGAGGUGGAGUUUCUCUUCCCUAUCACCAUCGCGCCAACUGACGACGAGCCCCCCAUUAUAAAUGCCAACACUGGACUUGUGCUUUUCAAAAACGAAAUCAUGCAGAUUUCCCCUUUCAUCCUGAGCGCAACAGACAUUGAUUCUGAGGACUCCACCAUUAAGUUUGUCCUGGAGGCGCCCUACUCCACACUCGGGGAGGUGCUUCUCCGGCAAGUAGAGCCACCUGCAGACCCUUCAGCCUGGAAGUUCAGCUCGACGGAUGAGAUGUUUGAGCAGGUGGUGACAGAGUGGUUCCAGCAGGACAUUCUUGACGGGAAACUGUUUUAUCGCCACAUUGGGCCUCACCGCACAAGCACAGUGACCGAUCACUUCCUGUUCCGGGUCCAGGAUGACAACGACCCUCCCAACCAGUCUGGGGAGCACACGUUCACUAUUAAAAUCCACCCCGUGGACGACCUGCCCCCAGAGCUUUACCCCAGCACCACCCUGCACAUGACCGUGAAAGAGUACGAGCUGACCCCUUUUACGAAGACGUUUUUGCGCUACACGGACCUGGACUCGGAUGACAGAGAUCUGAAGUACAGCAUCGCCAGGCCUCCCACUGACACAGACGAGAACAACCCCGUCCCACUGGGCGAGAUUGUGCUGACUGAGAUCCCGGAUGCGGUGAUCACUGAGUUCACGCAGGCGCAGGUCAAUCACCACAAAGUGGCGUACAAACCCCCGGAUCAGGAACUAGGCAUCACCCCUAAAGUGGUCCAGUUCACCUUCAUGGUGGAGGACACCGCUGGCAACUCUGUGGAUGGCCUCUUUACUAUUUUCUUACAGCCAGUAGACAACAAGCCCCCCGUGAUUACCAACACUGGUUUCACAGUCUUAGAGAGGAGUACAUAUGUCAUUACAAAGUCUGAACUUGAUGCCACUGAUCAGGACACAGAUGAUGAUCAGAUUACCUUUGCAGUGACUCAGGUUCCCCGCUAUGGACAGCUACAAUAUUUAGGGGUUGACAUGUCGGCCGGUGAAACGUUUAACCUGGAGGACAUUGACAGCGGGCGGCUGGCGUACAUUCACAGCGGAGAGGAGUCGCUGAAGGACACUAUAAAAUUAGAGGUGACUGACGGGUUUCAUGAGGUUCCCAUCAUUAUCAGAAUCAGCGUCAAGCCCGUCGACGAUGAAUCGCCUACCAUCAUGCUGCCCUCGGGCCUGCUGGGGGCCUCCAUUGACGUGCUGGAGAACGGAGCCACAGAGAUCACCAGCAACGUGAUCCAGGGCCGAGACGAGGACACCGACGACCUCAUGCUCACCUUCAUCGUGGAGGAGCCGCCGAAGCUGGGCGAGAUCAUGGUGAACGGGGUUCCUGCCGAGAGGUUCACACAGCAGGACAUCAUCAACGGCGUGGUCGUGUACGCCCACACCAGUGGGGAAAUCGGACCAAUCAAAGAGCACGACUCAUUCAACCUCACCAUCUCCGACAUGUCCGACGAGUGGGUCAUCGGGGGAAACAAAGUGCAAGGGGUCAGGGUUCACGUGACCAUCCUUCCCGUGGACAGCAUCGCCCCUGUUGUCAGCGUGGAGGACCAGUUCACCGUGGUGGAGGGGGAGAAGAACGUCGUCACGCUGGAGAACAUCCACGCUGAAGACAUGGACACGGACAACGACGACAUCCUGUGCACCAUCAUCGCCCAGUCCACGUCCGGCUACAUUGAAAACAUAUCUCCAGCCCCAGGAUCUGAAAAGUCAAGGGCAGGCACGGCCAUCACUGCGUUCAGCAUGAAGGACAUCCGCCUCAAGCACAUCUACUACGUCCAGAGCAUUCACAAAGGGGUGGAGCCUGUGGAGGACAGGCUGACAUUCCGCUGCUCCGACGGCAUAAACUUCUCAGACCGCCACUUCUUCCCCAUCGUGAUCAUUCCCGCUAACGACGAGAAGCCUGAAAUAUUUGUGCGCGAGUUCGUCGUCAUGGAGGGCAUGAGUUUGGUCAUUGACACGCCCAUUCUGAACGCAGCAGACGCAGACAUUCCGGGGGAUGAUCUGGACUUUGAGAUAACAAAACCUCCCAAACACGGAACAAUAGUUCAGCAGCUAAGCACUGGCACUGUCCCCGUGGUCAAAUUCUCCCUGGAACAGAUCAAAGAAAGCUCCAAUAUUGUCUAUGAGCACGAUGAUUCAGAAACUAAAGAGGACAGCUUUGAGAUAAAACUCACAGAUGGGAAACAUACUGUUGAGAAGAAAAUUCUCAUCAUGGUCAUUCCUGUCGAUGAUGAGACACCAAGAAUGACAAUAAACGAUGGACUGGAGGUUGAAAUCGGGGAAACGAAGACCAUUACCAACAGAGUGCUUAAAGCUACAGAUCUGGACUCUGAAGACAAAGACCUGACCUACAUUUUGCGCUAUGGGCCAAGCCAAGGCUAUCUUCAGCGCAUCACCAAGUUCGGGGACGUGCUUGGAAACAUAACAGCGGAGAUGAACUUCACUCAGGAUGAAAUAGACAAACAGCUGAUCCAGUACGUGCACACGGGCCAGGAGGGCGUCCGAGACCUCAUGAAGUUUGACGUCACAGACGGCAUUAACCCCCUCAUCGACAGGUACUUUUACAUCAGCAUAGGGAGCAUCGACAUGGUCUUCCCCGACGUCAUCAACAAAGGAGUGACUCUGAAGGAGGGAGGGCGAGUGACGCUGACCACCGACCUGCUCAGCACCUCGGACAUCAACAGCCCCGACGAGCACCUGAGCUUCAGCAUCACGCGCGCCCCCAGCCGCGGCCACCUGGAGUGCACCGACCUCCCCGGGGUCCCCAUCUCCACCUUCACCCAACUGCAGCUGGCCGGCAACAAGAUCUACUACAUCCACACCUCUGACGACGAGGCCAAGAUGGACAGCUUCGAGUUCGAGGUGACCGACGGGUACAACCCAGUUUUCCGUACCUUCAGGGUCUCCAUCACUGACGUGGACAACAAGAAGCCGGUCCUCACCAUCCACGAUCUGGCGCUGGGUGAGGGGGAGGUGAGGUUGAUCACCCCCUUCGAGCUGACGGUGGAGGACCGCGACACUCCGGACAACCUCCUGCGCUUCAUAGUCACCCAGGUCCCGGUCCACGGUCAGCUUCUGUUCAACGGGACCCGCAGCGUCACCACGUUCACCAAACAGGACCUGAACGAGAACCUCAUCACCUACAAGCACGACGGCACGGAGACCAGCGACGACAGCUUCUCCUUCACCGUGACGGACGGAACCCACACCGAGUUCUACAUCUUCCCCGACACCGUGUACGAGACCCGCAAGCCCCAGAUGAUGACCAUCCGGAUCAGCUCGGUGGACAACGGCGUCCCUCAGAUCGUGGUGAACAAGGCGGCUCCCACACUGAAGGUGCUGCACACGGGACACCUGGGCUUCCUCAUCACCAGCAAGGUCCUGAAGUCCGAGGACCGGGACAGCCCCCACAAGGUCCUCAAGUACGCUGUCUCAGAACCCCCGCUGCACGGCUUCAUCAUCAACACGGCACUGGGGAACGACAGCAUCACAACAUUCACACAGGCUGACAUUGAUGAAAUGAAGAUCUGUUAUGUGCUGCUUGACGGAGACAACGCCACCAGUGAUAUCUUCUACUUCACUGUUCAGGACAACGGAGGAAACAAACUGAAGCCCCAGCCAUUCCGGCUCAACUGGGCCUGGAUUUCCCUGGAGAGGGAGUACUACCUGGUGGACGAGGACUCAAAGUUUCUGGAGGUCACUCUCAAACGCAGAGGCUACUUGGGAGAGACGUCUUUCAUCAGCAUCAGCACCAAGGACGGCACCGCAGAGAAGGACAAGGACUUCCGUGGGAAAGCUCAGAAGCAGGUGCAGUUUAACCCGGGCCAGACCCGGGCCACCUGGAGGGUGAAGAUUUACACCGAUCAGGAGUUUGAGACCUCCGAGACCUUCCAGAUCCUUCUGUCCGAACCGGUCAUGGCGGUUUUGGAGUACCCAGACUCCGCCACCGUGGAGAUCGUGGACCCAGGCGACGAGUCCACAGUCUUCAUCCCUCAGUCAGAGUACAGAGUAGAGGAGGACAUCGGCGAGCUCCUCAUUCCUGUAAAAAGGUCCGGGGACGUGAGUCACGAGCUCAUGGUCAUCUGCUACACACAGCAAGGCACUGCCACGGGCACCAUCCCCAGCACGGUGCUGUCCUACUCGGACUACAUCAGCCGGCCCGAGGACCACACCAGCGUGCUGCGCUUCGACAAGGACGAGCGCGAGAAGGCUUGCCGCAUCAUCAUCAUCGACGACUCGCUGUACGAGGAAGAGGAGAGCUUCAACGUCACGCUCAGCCUGCCCAUGGGGGGGCAGGUGGGCCCUCUCUUCCCAGGCGCCCGCGUGACCAUCCUGGCCGACAGCGAUGACGAGCCCUCUCUCUAUUUUGGAGAGACGGAGUACUCGGUGGAUGAGAGCGCGGGGUACGUGGAGGUGCGUGUGUGGAGGACCGGGACAGACCUGUCCAAGACGGCCACGGUCACCGUCCGGUCCCGGAAAACCGACCCCGUGUCUGCGGAAGCUGGCGUGGACUACGUGGGCAUCAGCCGAAACCUGGACUUUGCCCCGGGCGUCACCAUGCAGACGUUCCGCGUGACCAUCCUGGACGACCUGGGUCAGCCCGUGGUGGAGGGGCCCGAGCAGUUUGAGCUGGUCCUGCGGAUGCCUGCCAACGCUGUCCUGGGGGAGCCCAGCAAGACCACCAUCACCAUCAACGACUCCACUUCAGACUUGCCCACGGUGCAGUUCAAAGACGGUGUUUAUAACGUGGACGAGGUGGACGGGCAGGUCAGUGCCAUGGUGUACCGCAGCGGGGACAUCGGGCUGAAGUCCAGCGUCCGGUGCUACACCCGCCAGGGCUCAGCACAGGUCAUGAUGGACUACAACGAGCGGCCCAACACCGACGCCUCCCUCAUCACCUUCCUCCCAGGGGAGAGCGAGAAGCCGUGUGUGGUCACCCUGGUGGACGACUCCGUGUACGAGGAGGAGGAGGAGUUCCGCCUCGUGCUGGGAACCCCGAAGAGCCAAUCAGCAUUCGGCGCUGCUCUGGGCGAGCAGAAGGAGGCGGUGGUCAAAAUAACGGACGAUAAAGACAAGCCCAUCAUCCGGUUCUCCCAGAUCAAGUACAGCGUGAGGGAGCCACAGGCGGCGGGUGAAAUCGCCGUGGUGACGAUCCCCAUCCUGCGCCUGGGCGACACGUCCAAGGUGUCGGUGGUGAGAGUGCACACCAAGGACGGCUCCGCCACCUCCGGGGAGGACUACAACCCGCUGUCCGAAGACGUGCAGUUUAAGGAGGGGGAGACGGAGCACGUGGUGGAGGUGCAGGUGCUGUACGACGGCCAGAGGGAGAUGAGGGAGGCCUUCACCCUGCACAUGAAGCCUGACGAGAACAUGGUGGCAGAGACACAGAUGAACAAGGCCAUCAUCUACAUCGAGGAGGUGGACAGCGUGGCAGACGUCACCUUCCCGGCCGUGCCCCAGGUGGUGUCCCUGCUCAUGUACGACGACACCGCGCGCGCCAAGGAGAGCCCCCACCCCCCCACUGGGUACCCCGUGGUGUGCGUGACGGCCUGCAACCCCAAGUACUCUGAGUUUGACAAGACGGGCUCCAUCUGUGCGGCGGAGAGCAUCAACGACACGCUGACGCAGUACCGCUGGCUGGUGAGCGCGCCCAGCGGCUCGGACGGCGUGUCCAGCCCCCUGCGGGAGGUCGACACCAACACCUUCUUCACCAACACCAAGUCCGUCGCGCUGGACUCCAUCUACUUCCAGGCCGGGUCGCGGGUCCAGUGCGCCGCCCGCGCCUUCAACGCCAACGGCCACGCCGGGCUGGAGCUCAGCAGCCCCAUCGCCGUCAUCAGCCGGGAGGAGGGUCUCUGCCAGCCUCGUAUCCCAGGAACAAUCGGUGCCGAGCCGUUCUCCGCCAAAAUCCGCUACACGGGCCCCGUGGACCCCGACUACCCCAACCUGAUCAAGCUGACGGUGACGAUGCCCCACAUGGACGGCAUGCUGCCGGUCAUCUCCACCAGGCCGCUGUCCAACUUCGAGCUGACGCUGAGCCCGGACGGCACGCGCGUGGGGAACCACCGCUGCUCCAACCUGCUGGACUACAACGAGGUGCCCACCCGCCACGGCUUCCUGACCGACAGCACCAAGAACCCCGAGAUCAUCGGGGAGACCUCGCCCUACCAGUACAGCCCCGCCCUGCGCUCUGCCAACUCCCUGCGCUUCUACCGCAACCUGCACCUGGAGGCCUGCCUGUGGGAGUUCCACAGCUACUACGACCUGUCUGAGCUGCUCAGCGACUGCGGGGGGUCCAUCGGCACCGACGGACAGGUGUUGAACCUGGUGCAGUCCUACGUGACGCUGCGCGUGCCACUCUUCGUCUCCUACGUCUUCCACUCGCCCGUGGCGGUGGGCGGCUGGCAGCACUUCGACCUGCAGUCCGAGCUGCGGCUCACCUUCGUGUACGACACCGCCAUCUUGUGGCAGGACGGCAUCGGCAGCCCCCCGGAGGCAGAGCUACAAGGUGCCAUGUACCCCACCAGUAUGAGGAUCAAUGGAGACGGGCGUUUGGUGGUCAACUUCAAGACAGAAGCGCGUUUCAGAGGACAGUUUGUCAUGUCCCACCCAGGAACGUCCUUGUCCUCCAUGGUGAUGUCACCGGACCACCCGGGCCUCACGUUCACGCUGGCGCUGGUCCGGACCGAGCCCACCUACAACCAGCCCAUGCAGCAGUGGAGCUUCGUGUCCGAUUUCGCCGUGCGGGAUUACUCUGGGACCUACACAGUGAAGCUCAUCCCCUGCAGUGCCUCUCCAAACAGGGAGUACAGCUUAUCGCCUGUGUGCCACCCACGCGAACCGCUCACCUUCGACAUGGACAUCCGCUUCCAGCAGGUGAGCGACCCUGUGGCAGCAGAGUUCAGCCUCAACACGCAGAUGUUCCUGCUGUCCAAGAGGGAGCUGUGGCUGUCCGACGGCUCCAUGGGCUUCUCAGAGGGGGCGGACGUGGCCUUCUCCGAAGGCUCUCAGAUCUACGGGCGGGUGAUGGUGGACCCUGUGCAGAACCUGGGCGAGUCCUUCACCUGCAGCAUUGAGAAGGUGUUCCUCUGCACAGGCGCCGACGGCUACGUGCCCAAAUACAACCCCACCAACAAGGAGUACGGCUGCCUGGCCGACGCCCCGUCCCUCCUCUACAGGUUCAAAAUCCUGGACAAGGCCCAGCCGGAGACGCAGGCCACGGCCUUCGGGGACGUGCGGUUCGAGGCGACGCUGGCGAUGGACGCCCCAGGAGCCCUCACCCUGGUCCAGCAGGCCGGCUCGGACGGGUUCUCCCUCUCCUCCUCCCCAUUGUUCCAGGUGGCGGCGGGGCGGGAAUGGUUCAUCCACACCAUCUACACGGUGCGCUCCCGCGAGAACGCGCACCGCAACAUGGGCAAGCGGAGCCUGGAGUACCGCCACAGCGUCUCCACGGCGGGGGCGGGGAGGGUCCGGCGGGCGGUGCCGGACGAGGUCCAGGACAUCGGCCCCGACAACGACAAGGGCACCAACAUCCAGCACGUGGCCCUGGACCGGUCCAGCCGGCAGCGGGGAGGCCAGCGCCAGCCCUGGGCCCACGACGAGCCGCGGGAGCACCCCCUGGUGGAGAGCUCGGGGAAGGCGUCCGGCGCCACCGGCCUGCCCGUGAUGGUGGGGCUCGGGGGCCUCGCCCUCCUCCUCUGCCUGGUCGUCAUAGUGAUCGCCCUCCUCGUGCGGCGCAAGCGGCGAGCUCGCGCGGAGAAGCUGCCGCCGUACUCCUCCUCCUCCUGCUCGGCGUACCAGGGCAGCAGGAGCAGCCGGGAGACCGUGAGCACGGGCAGCGGCUCGGAGGUCUGAGCCCCGGCUCCUCUCUCCCCCCCGCCAGACACUCAGACACUCCCAACCACCCCGGUGCCCCCGACCCACAACACUGCACACCGCCGCCCCCGCGAGGGGGGGGGGGGGGGCAGUGCGUCACUGAGGCGUCGGCCAUCCCGUCGGCGUAACAAACACACGCGUCCACGCCGCUACGCUCGCCUUAGAGACACGCGUGACCAGCCUCGCUGCCACACGCAUGCAGUCAGAACCGGCCGGACUCCCCCUGUAGUGUCCCACAGAUUUCUACAUGCUUGGCUGGUUUUUUUUUUUUUAAAUGUCCUUUCUGAAUUUAAAUAGUGUAGAUGUUAUUACGCUUUAUGUUCCUUUAAUAUCUCCUGCUGCCAGUUUCCAUGGUAGACCUCCAUCCCAGAGGGGCACAUGCAGGCUGUGGAAGUCAGCCUCUAAUGCUUCUGCCAGCUGCAGCAAAACUCAGCAGGAUUCACUCUCAAAUCAUAUUUAUAUUAUCUGCGGCUUUUUUAAGUUUAUAAGUAUUUCUAUCGUAGCAAUAGCCAAAAACCCACAUUUUGCUACUUUGGCUAUGCCAGUGCAGUAGUACUUCUGUAGAUAUAUUGCUUGAGUGUGUGCGCUGCUCCAGGCAGAAGGUCCCAGUGUUCAGUGACUUGGUAGCUGAUAAACCGGACGUGCCGAUGAGCUAGCUGUUUUGUUUGAAUUGAGACAUUAGGUGCGAGAUUAACUUUUUAAGAACAAGAAUAUCUGACCACUUACGAAUUUUCAAAAUGGUACUAUAUUCAGUUCCCAUGGGAACUGGGUUCCUCUUGACACUGAAAAGCAGCUCUGUUAAGGCUUGUGUCCUUACAACUUAAGAGAAUUCAUUAAUCUUAGUGUACAUUUUUUAGACGUUUAAAUAGUUUUUCCACAGUCAAACUGAACAAAUGAUUCAGUUGAAGAGGACUGGCGAUACUGGAGCUGAUCAAUAAAUGUAUUUUUAUAAAAAACAAAAAAGGGAUUGUAAUAUGUAAUUACUGGUGUGUCAUCACUGAAAAGCGUAACUAUGCAGACUGUUUUUAUACAUGUAUUUUUGGGACUUUUGGAUUGCAGUCACUGUAUGUGUAUAUAUGUCUACGUGCACAGUCAUUGGCUAAAUGGUAAAACUUGAAUAUUUUCAGCGUAAUUAUGAACCAGGAAUUAUGACAUUUUAAUACGGUCCUCCAAGGAUUCUAAAGAUUUUGUUUCGCGCCAGAGAUGGGAUUUACAUUUUAUACUGCAGCUCAAAGUCCCCCAUUUUCAGCCAAAAUGACAUUAAUCUGUGCAUUGUUCCAUUUAUGUCUCAAACCUGAGAUCUUAGCAAAAAAUGUAAAAAUGAAACUGGGCAAAAAAACUAUUUGCUAAAAUGCAAAUUAGGCUUGUUCCACGAUGAGCGCGACCAGCAAGAGAUUGAGCAGUGUGUGUUGCCUCUGACAGUAUUAAAGUGUUUUGUUCUGUACGGGUGUUGCGUAUUUGUGUAUUAAUAAAUGUGUCAUUUGUGAAAGGCUUUAUUACACAACGGCUUUACAAAAACAAAGGAAUUUAUUGGUGCCAUUUGUUAUGAAGGUUCUAAUCCAAAUAUUAAAGGUAAAACAGAAUUUGUGGGACAUUCUUAAAAAAAAAAAAAAAGCAGUACAUAUUGUUCUAUGCAAUGGAAUG